AUGGAGACCAAGAAUGAUUUUCAUAAAUUACGCCUGGAGAAAAAGGCAAUGAGAGCAGCUAAGAAGUUGCGUGAUAUGAAAUGCGAACAAAAACAGCCGCAGCAGACUUCUGGGCCUCUGAAACGUUCUUUUCGUGCCGUUCCUCACAAGACAGACGAGGCAAAGGACUCAUGCACCAUUAGUGUGAUGACUUAUAAUAUCCUUGCUCAGAAUUUGGUUAAACGCGAGAUAUUUCCCCAUUCAGGCGAUAUGUUGAAAUGGAAAACACGCAGAAGAAUGAUAACUGAAGAUAUUGCUCAGUAUAAGCCUGAAAUAAUGUGCCUUCAAGAGGUGGAUUAUUACGAAGAAUACUACCAAGAAGCUUUUGAUAAUAUUGGUUACAAGACAGAAUUCUUCAAGCAUCCUAAAAAACAGCAUGGCUGUAUGAUUGGAUACAAUCCGAAUGUAUUUGAAAAGAAACAAUAUUUAACAAUUGAGUAUGAUGAGGAUAGACUCUGCCCACCAACUCAACAAACUGGAAAUAUUGCACAGUUUAUAGCCCUUGAGCAUGUUAAGCACAAGAACGUUGGUUUAAUUGUCGGAAAUACUCAUUUGUACUGGAGACCAGAAUCAUUCUAUGAAAAACUUCGACAAGCAACUAUCUACGCGCAAUGGCUAUCAUGUUUUACACUUGAUUUGCGAGAAACAUUUCCAGAUAUUGAAUGGACACCGUUACUUAUUGGUGACUUUAACACUUCUCCCGAGGAUCCGGCCUACAGCGCACUCACCAGAAAGCCUCUCACUGAUGUACAAUGGAAAGCUCUUGAAGACUCUCGACGUAAAUUCGGUGAUGAGAGUGAACCUAGCGAGUCUCUAGUCAAUUGUGUUUCUCCACAAGAGCUUGUCGAAGAUAUCAACAAUACGCUCCCAUUCCACAGUAUCUACAACUGCUAUGGAGAAAUUGACAAUGUAUUAUCUGGGUCUUGUGGAGAACCAAAAUUCACUAACUAUUCCGCAGUUUAUAUUGGAACCUUAGACUAUUUGUUUAUAGAAAAUAAUGCGUUAGAUAAAUGUUUUGUGACAGAAGUACUAGAGAUUCCAUCAGAAGACAUGCUAAAACCUGCACUACCAAAUAAGAAUUUUGGUAGUGAUCACCUUUGUUUAAUUGCAAAGAUAAAAAUGUAUUCUUAA